AUGGACUCCUCCGCACAGGCAAGAUUUGAUCUUAUACGCGAAAAUCUCGCCGAGAUCCUUAACCCUGAGCUGCUUGAGAGCAUCCUCGCGGAGGGGCGCAACCCGCGUGUGUACUUCGGCACGGCGACGACAGGAAGACCCCAUACUGGCUAUUUUACACCGGCGAUUAAGAUAGCGCAGCUAUUAGCAGCAGGAUGCGAAGUGGUGAUACUCCUUGCCGAUGUACACGCAUUUUUAGAUUCCAUGAAAGCGCCAUUUGAAUUGGUCGAGAAUCGCGUCAAAUAUUAUCAAAAGAUUAUCACAGCAAUCCUGGAGGCGGUUGGUGUAUCAACAGAAAAGCUUGAGUUCGUGCUUGGGAGUUCCUACCAGCGAAAUGUCGACUAUGUGAUGGAUGUUUACCGCUUAUCAGCCUUAACCUCUGAGCAUGAUGCCAGGAAGGCCGGUGCCGAGAUUGUCAAGCAAUCCAGCAAUGCUCCAUUGAGCGGCCUUCUCUAUCCUAUCCUCCAAGUUCUCGACGAGGAGUAUCUCAAGGUUGAUGCUGAACUAGGAGGUAUUGACCAGAGGAAGCUUUUCGUGGCGGCAACGGAGUGGCUACCUAAACUCGGAUAUCGAAAGCGCGCGCAUCUUAUUACGCCUAUGGUUCCUGGCCUGAUGGGAGGCAAAAUGAGUUCUAGCGAUCAAGAUAGCAAGAUUGACCUCCUCGACCCGCCUGAAGAUGUCGCCAAAAAGAUCCGCAAAUCCAAAGCAGCUCCCAAGAUUAUUGAAGACAACGGCCUUGUUGCACUCAUCGAAUUCGUCUUACUUCCUGCAGCCAUUCUUAAUGGAAAAAAAGAAUUCCGUGUGGAACGCCGAGAUGCCGAACCCUUGAUCUACACAAAUAUCCAACAACUUAAAGACGAUUAUACAAACGAUAUUUUAACACCACAACUCCUAAAGCCUGCUGUUGCAGAUGCCUUGAACAGCCUUAUGGCACCUAUUCAAAAAGCUUACCAAGACUCGCCUGAGUGGCAAGAGAUCACUCUAAAGGCUUAUCCACCUGCAGUCGUACCGAAGAAGCAGAAGAAGGUCAAGGAUAAGGGUUCCCGUUACCCAGGAGCUAACGAGAAACAAGAGAUUGCAGAGCACCCGAAGGCUUAG